GAGAGGUGUCGAGGAGAUGCAGAACAAUGGCUUUUCUUCGUGCCAAGACAAGAGCGGGAAGCUAGAGGAGGAAGACCAAGCAGGACCACUCGUUCAGGAUACUGGAAAGCAACUGGUUCACCAGGCCCCGUGUUCUCUCCUGAUAACCGAGUGAUCGGAGUUAAGAAGACGAUGGUAUUCUAUACCGGAAAAGCACCUACUGGGAGAAAAACAAAGUGGAAGAUGAAUGAGUAUAAAGCUGUUGAUGAAACA